AUGUUACCAUUUAUUUAUAUUGUUUCUCUAUGCACAUUAAUUGUAUUUCGACGUGAUAUACAAACGAUUAUGUAUUUCGGUGGUUUUUGUGUAUCGGAAGUGUGUAAUUAUUCUCUUAAAAGAUUUUUUAAACAAGUACGACCUGAAAGAAUAGCAAGAUUGGAUCAUUUUCAGAACAUAUUCAAAACAUUUAGCUUAAGAUCGGAUAGGCUUAUAUGA